ACGCUGAAACUAGGGUUUUAUAUAUCUUCUUCUCUUGACUCGCAACGCAGCAGGAACUCAUCUCAUCGAGACAGUGAAAGGAAACCCUAAUUUUUCAAGAUGGGGCGUAUGCAUUCGAGAGGAAAGGGUAUCUCUGCAUCUGCGUUGCCGUACAAGCGUUCACCUCCGACAUGGCUCAAGACCACGGCCCUCGAUGUUGAUGAGUCGAUCUGCAAGUUUGCGAAGAAGGGUUUGACACCAUCUCAGAUUGGUGUGAUUCUUCGUGACUCUCACGGUAUCCCUCAGGUGAAGAGUGUUACCGGAAACAAGAUCUUGCGUAUUCUCAAAGCUCACGGUCUUGCACCUGAGAUUCCUGAGGAUCUGUACCAUUUGAUCAAGAAGGCAGUUGCUAUCCGCAAGCAUUUGGAGAGGAACAGGAAGGACAAGGAUUCCAAGUUUAGGCUGAUUCUUGUGGAGAGCAGGAUCCACCGUCUUGCUCGUUACUACAAGAAGACCAAGAAGCUUCCUCCAGUCUGGAAGUACGAGUCUACUACUGCUUCUACUCUUGUAGCUUAGAGCACGGUCUUCUCUUAAAAGGCUUCAAGAGCCACUACUGUUUUUUUUUUUAUGUCUUAUCUCUGAACUUGAACUUAGUUUCUAUGUUUCGCAGUACUUUUGUUUUGUCAAGGUACAAUGAUGUUUUGAUGAUUUCAAGGAACCAAUGCGUUUAAUCUAUUGUCAGAAUUGCUUAUGCCGUGUUUAAUCUACUAUCAUUUCAAGUUA